AGCCGCCGCUCGCCCCGCGGUCCGCGCGUCCGCCGGCCUCGCAGGCGGGGCGGAGAAAAUGGCGAUGCCCCCGGCCGCCGUGCCCCCCGCCCGGGCCCGAGAGCCGCCGGGGCCCCGCGCCGCCGCCGCCGCCGCCGCCGCCGCCGCGCCGCCGCUCGGCCUGCAGCAGCUGUCGGCGCUGCGGCCCGAGCCGGGAGAGGUCCCGCUGCACUCGCCCUGGACCUUCUGGCUCGACAGAUCCCUCCCUGGUGCCACAGCAGCUGAGUGUGCCUCGAACCUGAAGAAAAUCUACACGGUGCAGACAGUCCAGAUAUUCUGGAGUGUGUACAAUAAUAUCCCUCCUGUGACUAGCCUGCCUUUGAGAUGUAGUUAUCAUUUAAUGAGAGGAGAGAGGCGACCACUUUGGGAAGAGGAGAGUAAUGCCAAGGGCGGCGUCUGGAAGAUGAAAGUCCCCAAGGACAGCACGUCCACAGUUUGGAAAGAAUUGUUGUUAGCGACAAUCGGGGAACAGUUCACAGACUGUGCCGCUGCAGAUGAUGAAGUAAUAGGAGUCAGUGUCAGUGUCCGGGACCGGGAAGAUGUCGUCCAAGUCUGGAAUGUAAAUGCGUCUUUAGUGGGCGAAGCAACCGUUUUAGAAAAGAUCUAUGAACUUCUGCCCCACAUAUCUUUUAAAGCAGUAUUUUAUAAACCCCAUGAAGAGCAUCAUGCUUUUGAAGGUGGACGUGGAAAACACUAAUUGCACUCUAAAGAAUUCUUUGUCCUUUGCUGAUUGGUUUUGGAAACGGUCUUAACAGGAGGGAGAGUGAAGAGAAGACUUGCCGAAGCCCGAUGCUGGUCCAUUUAGAGUGGGUUUCUGCCCUUGCAGACUGGGCACUUAGGGCUCAAAGUGGCAGGUGGGGUUGGGGGAGACUGUGUGGGUUUCUACCGUCACAUUAUUUGCUUUUUUUUAUUUUUCUUUUUUGGCUUUUUAAAUUCUCUGUUCUUUUCACUCUGGGCUUUUUUUUUUUUUGGGGGGGUCCUUUUAAAUUUCCUUAUUCAGUCUAAUUAUUGUUUUCUACACUCCCCUUUUAUUGAGGCACAAGAAAUCGGUUUCCCUUUAAGUAGCUCUGCUGUACCUAGCUAAUGAGAAUAUGCAUAAUCGUGACAAUACUGCUUUUGAAAACUACACUGUACUUGGAGGAAUACUAGCUUGGUGAAACCUGUCUUGAUUAUUUGUUGUGACACAUUCCUACACACUGUGCACUGGGCAUUGUUUUUUUUUUCUGUCCCAGGAAAAAGAAAAACCAUACUUAAUCUGAUUUUGCACUGACAGCACACACAUCUUUUAUUUUUCUUUACUUUUUAAACUUUUUUUUUUUUUUUUUUUUUAGCAAUAAAAGGAAAAUAAUAGUUGGGUUGCCUAACAUGAAAACUUGUAAUCACAGUUGAGUAUCAGGAUAUAAAUCAAACUCUAGGUCUUCAGACCCUCUGUGGAAGUAUUUCUAAGCACAAUUUCAAUUCGGCCUUUUCGAAGGAUAGGCACAGAGUGGUAGCAAGGAAUUUCUCCUGGUAGGAAACCUUGUAUUUCUGAUUUAAAGAGGAGGUGAUGUUUUAAUUGUUCGAGGUAAAGCUGCUUCUGAAUUUUGGGUAUGUGUACCCACCCACUUAGGGCUUUCCAGAUGUAUCUGAACACACUUUGUUAAAUUAUCCCUUUUUCCUGCUCACAUUGUAUGUCGUUUCCAAUAAUUAAUAGUCCUCCAGCCUGGGCAGCUCGCCCCUGCCUUUUUCAUUUAGGAGCAGCUGGGUCGAUCUCAUUUCCAGGAUGAAUGUGAACGUUGACAAAGUGAAACUCUGAGUGCAUUUUGUUGAUACUAAUUUUUGGAAUUGUUGAUAUAUAUUGUACUAUGUUACCAAAGAAAUAAUGGUUUUAGUAGAAGGAAAUGGCCAUGCUCUGGAGCGCUGAGCCUCUUUCCAAAUGCACCCAUUUCCCUCUCUUGACUCCACCAAGCCUCCUACUGCUCUUACCUGAAAAAGGCAGGGGCGUUGGAAGACACUUCCUCUUGCUGGCUUUUUCUGGAGUCAGGGGAGCUGACACGUGCUUACACAUUUCACACAAGGGCCCAGGGCUCAGAACUCGUACCCAGGAUUUUUAAUCCCUCUUGCAGUAUUGACCAGCAGAGAGAGGUGGGGCUACUUCGAGCCUCCAACCUGUGUUUGUAAAUAAAAUUCUCCAUUCAAAAAUGUAAACGAAACUUUCCGCGAUAUCUGUUUACAAAAGUUGUGCCCUUUUCUUGCAUUACUAACCACAUCAACCAUAAUCACAGUGACCAUAGUUUUUAAAAAAAAACCCUUUGUUUCUAAACUGACUUUCUUCAGUGGUUUCAGAAUGAGUCAUAAGAAUAUCAGAUCCAUUUUUCUAGAGCCUGGAACUCACUUCUCUAAGCAUUGUACUGACAUCCAACUUGGUUUUAAAUUAUUCAUUCAAGGAUUAAAAAAAAAUUAUUCUGAACACGAAUUUAAAUUCUUUUUUAUAAUAUAAGUAUUUUUCUGAUAGAUUAGAAAAAAAGGAUGAUUGACCUAUCUUCAUUAUAAUUGUCAUAUAUAUUUCCAUAAGUAAAUGGAUUUUGAAGCAUUUUUAUUUUUUGAACUUUAUUUAAAACGUUGUGGUGACAUGUUCAACUUCUGCAUGUAUGUAGCCUUUGAAGAAAAAAAUAAAAUAAGUAGGAAUGUUAGGCUCA